UUCCCCUGUCAAACGUUGGCAGUAUUACUCGGCAGUGCGUUGGAGGAGUAGGAUUUGGGAAGAAAAACGAUGCAGAGGUUUAAGGCAGCUUUAUCGGCCGGAAACGGCGUCCACCUCCGUCGUUUCGUCCGCCAUUGCAGAGGCGUAUGCUCUCUCCCGGACGCCGCUCUCACCCCAGCUGAUAAUCUCGAUCACCAAGUGUUGGUCGAAGGAAAAGCGUGGUCCCGAACGGCAGUUCUCAACAGACCAGCGGUGCUCAAUGCUUUCACGACUGCAAUGGGGGCAAGAUUGCAGAAAUUGUACAAAAGCUGGGAAGAUGAUCCUGAUGUUGGCUUUAUUGUUUUGAAGGGCAGUGGCAAGGCAUUUUGUGCCGGUGGAGAUAUAGUUUCUCUUUAUCAUAUGAUAAACAGAGGGAAAAUAGACGAUUGUAAAGAUUUUUUUAGGGCGUGCUAUACUUUUAUAUACCUGCUUGGUACCUGUUUGAAACCACAUGUGGCUAUCUUGAAUGGCAUUACCAUGGGUGGUGGUGCUGGAGUCUCAAUCCCUGGGACAUUCCGCAUUGCAACUGACAAAACUGUUUUUGCUACUCCUGAAACUCUAAUUGGUUUCCAUACAGAUGCAGGGGCAUCUUUUUACCUCUCACAUCUACCGGGUCACUUAGGGGAGUUCUUGGCUCUUACAGGAGACAGGCUCAAUGGGUCGGAGAUGAUGGCUUCUGGACUUGCAACACAUUAUUUGCAUAGUUCAAGGCUUCCAUUAAUUGAAGAAGAACUUGGGAAAAUUGUCACUGAUGAUCCCUCUGUCGUUGAAGCUUCUUUAGACAAGUAUGGUGAAGUUGUUUAUCCCAAUGAGACAAGCGUGCUUCAAAGGAUUGAGUUGCUCGAUAAAUGUUUCAGCCAUGACACAGUUGAAGAAAUUAUCGAUUCUGUGGAAUGUGAGGCAGGUAGAACAAAGGAUGCAUGGUGCAUUUCUACUCUAAAGAGACUUAAAGAAGUCUCACCAUUGAGCUUAAAGGUUUCCUUGAGAUCUAUAAGAGAAGGUAGAUUUCAGACCCUUGAUCAGUGCUUGGUUCGUGAGUACCGAAUGUCCCUACAGGGAAUCACUAAGCAGAUUUCCAAUGACUUUUGCGAGGGGGUUCGGGCACGAGUAGUGGAAAAGGACUUUGCACCAAAGUGGGAUCCUCCAAGUGUUGAAAAUGUAUCCAAAGACAUGGUGGAUCAAUAUUUCUCCCCUCUUAGCGAGUUCGAGCCCGACCUAGAGCUACCGACGGAGUUGCGAGAAGCGUUCACCCAGUCCUAGAUCCUCCUCCCAAGUCUCUAGUUUUAUGUUAUUGAAGCUGGCUUGAUUCAAAGCAUUUGGGUGAACUAGUAUUCUUUCAUGUUAGCUACUUCUUGAAAUUGUACCAGCCCCUUGUUAAUAAAUAAUAAAUUUGUAUUGAGAUUAAGACAUUGGGAUUUUUCUUCUUAA